AUGCAUUCUCUAUUCCUGAAGUCUCUGCAGCUCCUUCCAGCCAUAUUUAUCAGCACAGCAUCAGCCAAAAUCAACUGGUCGCCAUGCGAGGCCGCGCCGUCCUUGCAAUGCGCAACCUUAGACGUCCCCUUUGACUACACAAGCCCCAACUCCACCGAAACCCUUACUCUCCAGCUCAACAAGAUCCCUGCACCGCUGGGGUCAAAGGGUAGUAUCCUCGCUAACCCCGGCGGACCGGGACAACCUGGGCGUCAGGGCAUCGUGGGCCUUGCCUCGCCUCUUAUUGCAUUAACCGGCGGCGAGCACGACAUCAUCUCAUUCGACACGCGGGGCACGGUAAACACCAUCCCGUUCGAGUGUACAGAGGACGAAAUCGGGCAAUAUGAAAUGUACAACGAAAUUAUAGCCGGGAAUAGCUCCGAGGGAACCCUAGGGGCGCUCUGGGCGCGAGGGACCAUCAAUGCCGAUCUAUGCGCGCAGAAUGCGUCGAAGAUCGGGUCUGUGUUGACGACGGCGUUUGUGGCCAGGGAUAUGAUCCAGAUUGUGGAUGCCUUGGAGGAGGAUGGGUUGCUGAGAUACUGGGGGUUCUCGUAUGGGACGGUUCUAGGCGCAACGGUGGCCUCCAUGUUCCCGGAUCGAAUGGACAAGGUUAUCCUGGACGGCGUGAUGAAUCCGCACGAGUACUACCAUGCAGCUGCCAAUAUCGAAGAAUGGGCCGACUCCGACGCUGCAUUCUCCGAUAUCUUCACCCACUGCGUCAAGGCCGGUCCAAAGCUCUGUCCCCUAGCAGCACACAACAAAACAGCAGCAUCUCUAGAACAAAUGACAUUUCAACUCCUCGACCGCCUCAAGCUCCGUCCUACCACCAUCGGCCCAAUGAUAAUUGACUACCCCGGUCUAAAGGGAUAUAUCAUGGGAACCGUAUCCGGAAUGCAAGGGUGGCCGGUCUUCACCAUGCUCUUAGACCAUCUUCUCUUCGGCGUCGAGUACAAGGACCUAGAAGAUAUCCUACAGAGUACAUCGCCUGUAUUCAGCACAGACCCUGACCUGCGCGAACCAACCAGAAAAGCCUUUAUGGCGCUUACGGGGAUCCACUGCAGCGAUAACCAAGUGCGCGCGGGCUCGCUGGCCGAGUUCAUGCCUACCGCUCGCAAACUGUACAGCAUCAGCCGCGUCGCUGGUGAUAAUUCUAUCGGAUCCUAUAUCGGGUGUCAGCAGUGGCAGAUCGAGCCGAAGGAGACAUACCGUGGCCCGUUCAUAGCAGAGACAAAGACUCCUGUUUUGCUUAUUGGCAAUACGCUGGACUCGCACUCGCCGCUGAGGUCGGCGCAUAAUGUCAGUGCGGGGUUUGAGGGGAGUGUAGUGCUUGAGGUUAAUGGGAAUGGACAUACCUCGACUAAUGUGCCGAGUUUGUGUGUGCUUGAGAAGACGACGGCGUUUUGGAGGGAUGGGACACUCCCUGAGGAGGGGACUGUCUGUGAGAGGGAUAUAGAGCCGUUUACGGGGCUGUGGUGGGAUGAUAUUCUGAAGGAUGAUGCGGAGUGA